GCUUAUAAAAAAUACGUGCAAAAGCUGGGACAUGAGGAGAAACGGCUACCGGGUUUAGAGCAAUACACCAACGAUCAGAUAUUCUUUUUAAGCUAUGCACAGACGUGGUGUGGUAUCUCAAAACCAGAAGCUACCAUAAGACAGGUGCUAACAGAUCCACAUGCACCGGUCCAAUUCCGUGUAGAUGGUGUUGUUGUGAAUCAACCAGAAUUCGCAGAAGCCUUCCAUUGCAAGUUGGGUUCUCCGAUGAAUCCUGUUAAAAAAUGCGUUGUAUGGUAA